UCCAUUUUUUGGCACAAAUCUUGAGAAGCUCAAUUUUAAUCUAAGCCUUCUAUUUUAGUAAGGUCCAUUUUUUGGAUCUCAAUCCUUUUCUUUCAACCAAACAAAUUUAAAAACCUCCCUAAAAUUGGCUUGUGAAGAUCGAGUGUUAGAAUAUGCGGUUUGUCGAUUAGAGUAUAUUAUCAUUGUUGCAGAUUCAUUCAGAACCAAAGACGAGGUUGCGAGGAAGAAAAUCAAUGGGGAAGGAGGUGUACAGAAACCUUGUGAAAGCAGUGAAGAAACACAUCGGAAAAGAAGAGCACAAAGCCCAUUUCACCGACUUUAUAAGAGAUGAGUUCAGGAAGAGCAUUAAUAGCCAAGCUGCUGCUGCUGCUGCUAAGAAGGAUCUUUCCUUCACUCAUCAUGAGAAUAGGUUAAAGCUUGCCAAAGAUUAUACCUUUCUCCUCAAUAGUGUUCACCAUCAAAAGGACUUGCUGUUUUCUUAUAACAUUGCAGUCGAUAGGUCUGAUGAGAUGAAAAAAGUUUUGAGUAAAUCUGCAGCCAGUGUCGGGCUCCAACUUCCUGAAGUUUAUCAGCCAUGACAGCCAUUUUCUCUGUUCAUUAGUGCUUUCGAUUCUGGAGAAGAACUGCUGAUGGACAUUCUUGUUAAUGGUGGAAGCAGUUUUUCUUAUCAUCCUCGAAUCAUUCCCGGCCACUCAAAAACUGGAAAUUGAAGUGCAUUCAUCAAUUUUUGCAGAAUUUCAGAAGGAAUCUUGUUACUAAUCUUCUUUAGUCAAGAAAACAUGUUGAGUUCUUUCUUUUUCUUUUUGAUGAAACAUUUUGAACUCAAAUUGUUUUUGUAUCAUUUUUGUUAGAUAAUAAUUCUAGGUGUAUUCAAUAUAAACUUUUGAAUGUAAAUAUAAAAUCGUUAAGUCUAUCAUGGACUUUUACCUCAAUGUUACCUACACUCACGGUCUAUUAUUCUAUCUUCCUUUUCCCUAAA